AUGACUUUCUUCGGCCUAACACACCUGGGUUAUCAAAACCCAAUAGGCGAUAAAAUGUUAAUAAAACCGAAGGGAGCGUUGUCUCAAGAUGGCAGUGAUAACUUCAGUGGCAGCUCGCCGCCAUCACUUCAGCAACUACAGGGACCUGCAGACAUGUCCAAAGUUUACCCCCAGUCCUCUCCUUUCAGCUCUUACCUUCACCACGGGAGCCACAAGAAAUACAAAGAAAUGGUCAAACGGGCUCAAGCAAUUAAACCUCCUAACCAGCUGUACGUCACACCUCUGACGGACAACCAGCAGUAUGGAUGGAUGGUGUCUGGGAGUCCUGAACCAUGGACACAAGUCAGACGGUUUCCCCGAAAGUUCAGCGAGAUGACCAAGAAGGGAUGA